ACACAUCUUCCUGUCCAUCAUCACCACCACCACCACCCUUCUUGCAAGAACCUAUAAUGGUGCAAGAAAACUGAAAAAACCAAACCUUAAUCAAAUCAAAAAACAAAAAAAAUGAGGCCUCACCUCCUCUUCCCCUUCUUCCUCUACUGUUCCAUUGCUUUCCAUUCUGUUCUUUCCAUCAAUCAGCUCUCAUCUCUCCUACAAAUCAAAUCCACCCUCAUUGAUCCACUCAACAAUCUGCAAAACUGGCAAGAAAACUCCACAGAUUCAGACAAAUCCACCUCCCCACAUUGCCGUUGGGCCGGCAUCCUCUGCAGCCGAGACUGCCUUGUGGUGAGGCUGGACUUGUCCAGCAUGAACCUCAGUGGCAUCGUCUCUGAUCACAUUCAAGAUUUGAGCAGCCUUGUGGAGCUCAAUCUCUCGAACAACUCGUUUUCGAGUGAGCUCCCGAGGGUUUUAGGCAAUCUGACCUCACUCAAAAGCAUUGAUCUGAGCCAGAACAGCUUUGUUGGAAGGUUCCCUUCUGGGCUUGGGGCCUUCCCUGGGCUGGAGAUGGUUAACGCGUCGAGCAACAAUUUCGAAGGGCGGAUCCCGGAUGAUCUAGGCAAUGCAUCUUCUUUGGAGAGUUUGGAUUUUAGGGGGAGUUUCUUUGAAGGCUCAAUUCCUUCAUCUUUCAAGAAUUUGAAGAGGAUGAGGUUUUUAGGCCUUUCGGGGAAUAACUUGACUGGGAGGAUCCCGGUCGAGUUAGGCCAGAUGGAGUCGUUGGAGACAAUGAUCAUCGGAUACAACGAGUUUGAGGGUGGGAUUCCUAAGGAGUUUGGUGAUUUGAGGAAUCUUGAGUAUCUUGAUUUGGCUGUGGGGACUUUGGGUGGUGAGAUUCCUAAGGAGUUGGGGAAGUUGAAGAGGCUGACAACUGUUUACUUGUAUCAGAAUAGGUUUGAAGGGAAGAUUCCUUCUGAGAUUGGGGGGUUAGAUUCUUUGGUGUUUCUUGAUUUGUCAGACAACAGGUUUUCAGGUGAGAUUCCCUAUGAGGUGGCAGGGCUUGAGAAUCUCAAGCUGCUGAAUCUCAUGUGUAAUAACUUGAGUGGCUUGAUUCCUCCAAAGAUUGGUGAGCUGAGGAAUCUUGAGGUUCUUGAGCUGUGGAGGAACUCUUUGGAGGGAUCUCUGCCUUUGAAUCUUGGGAGAGAUUCCCCCUUGCAAUGGCUUGAUGUUUCAUCAAACAAUUUGUCUGGUGAGAUUCCACCUAGCUUGUGUGAGUUGGGGAAUCUCACUAAGCUUAUUCUGUUUAACAACUCCUUCUCGGGUCCAAUUCCCGCGAGCUUGGCUAGCUGCUCGUCUCUUGUUCGUGUCAGGAUUCACAACAAUCGCCUCUCGGGACCCAUCCCUUUAGGCUUCGGAACUCUGCCUCGGCUGCAGAGGCUGGAGGUGGCCACCAACAAUUUGAGUGGUGAAAUCCCUCGAGAUUUUGCUCUUUCUACAUCCCUCUCCUUUGUGGAUGUCUCGAGGAAUCGCCUUGAUUUGUCGUUACCCUCGAGCAUUCUCUCCGUUGGGACUCUCCAGACGUUCAUGGCGGCCUCAAACAGCUUGGUGGGAGAGAUCCCUGAUGAGUUCCAAGGCUGCCCUUCUCUGUCCGUUCUUGAUUUGUCUUUCAACCGUUUCUCCGGGGUGAUUCCAAAGGGCGUUGCUUCGUGUCGAAAACUGGUGACUUUAAAUCUCAGAAGCAAUGAGUUGAGUGGAGAAAUCCCAAGGGCAAUAGCCACAAUGCCAACACUCUCAGUUCUUGAUUUAUCCAACAACUCUCUGGUUGGGAGGAUACCUCAGGACUUUGGCAGCUCACCGGCUCUUGAAACGCUCAACGUAUCGUACAACAAGCUCGUGGGGCCAGUCCCGAGCAACGGGAUCUUGAUGACGAUCAAUCCGGACGAUCUGGCUGGCAAUGCCGGUUUGUGUGGUGCAAUACUCCCACCUUGCUCACAAGGCUCAAUUAGGCCUCCUGGGCAUAGUAAGGCUCAUGUGAAGCACAUUGUGGUAGGAUUUUCCGUCGGAAUUGCUGCGAUUUUUGCUGCGGGAAUCCUCGUUUUCGCGGUGAGGCAGGUGUACAGGAAGUGGUACCUAUGCAGCAGCAGCUCAUUCACAGAUUUGUUCAAGAAAAGCAGCUCAGAAUGGCCUUGGAGGCUUGUGGCAUUUCAAAGGCUGCAUUUCACAAGUGCUGAGAUCUUGUCUUGCAUAAAGGAGUCGAACGUGGUGGGCGUGGGCGGGACGGGGAUCGUGUACAAGGCCGAGACGCAGAGGCCUCACACUGCUAUAGCAGUGAAGAAGCUGUGGAGAUCAGAAGCAAGUGAUGUGGAAAGUGGAGAUGAACUCUUUGCUGAGGUGAAUAUCUUGGGAAAAUUGAGGCAUAGGAACAUAGUUAGAUUGCUCGGGUAUCUCCACAACGAGGCGGAUGUGAUGAUGCUGUACGAAUACAUGCCUAACGGGAGCCUUGGGGCUGCAUUACACGGGAAGGAAGCCGGGAGGUUCUUGGUGGAUUGGGUUUCUAGAUACAAUGUUGCUCUUGGUGUAGCACAGGGACUUGCGUAUCUUCACCACGACUGCCACCCUCCGAUCAUCCACAGAGACGUGAAGUCGAACAAUAUCUUGCUAGACUCUGAUUUUGAGGCAAGGAUUGCUGAUUUUGGCCUUGCAAGGACAAUGCUGCACCAGAAUGAGACUGUUUCCAUGGUGGCUGGAUCAUAUGGUUACAUUGCACCGGAGUAUGGUUACACACUCAAGGUUGAUGAGAAGAGUGACAUAUACAGCUAUGGAGUAGUGCUGCUCGAGCUCUUGACCGGGAGGGCUCCUUUGGACCCUUCUUUUGGGGAGUUGAUUGACAUUGUCGAAUGGGUGAGACGAGAAGUGAAGAGUAAGGCGAAAUCCGAGGCUGCGUUGGAUCCGGACAUUGCAGGGCAGUGUAGGCAUGUGCAAGAAGAGAUGAUUCUUGUGCUCAAGAUUGCACUUUUGUGCACUGCUAAGCUGCCCAAGGAGAGGCCCUCGAUGAGGGACGUUGUGAUGAUGCUCGGGGAGGCGAAGCCGAGGAGGAAGAGCAUAUGCCAGAGGUGGGGAUAUGGUGAGAACAAGGAGAAAAUGAUAUUUGCACAUUCACCAGUUAUAGGGCAAUUGUAGUUGAGAGAUUGAACUUCUUGAGUUUGUUUUGGAUGCUUUUGAAGUUUGGUUGGUUAAAUUUGUGUUGAUAGAAUUGUAAAGUUUUUUUUUUUCUUUUUUGUAUGUUGUUUUUCACCCUUUUUGUGGUUGUGGUAAUAAAGGGAAAGAAGCAUAGUGUUUAUACAAUAUAGAUUUCCUCUUUGAUUUUUGA